AUGACAGACGACAAGAAAGAUUCAUCUAAAGAGCUUGAUUUAUGGAUUGAACAAUUACAAGAAUGUAAACAAUUACAAGAGAAUCAUGUUAAAUUUCUUUGUGAUCGUGCUAAAGAUAUACUUUCAAAAGAAUCGAAUGUACAAGAAGUUCACUGUCCUGUAACGGUAUGCGGUGAUGUACAUGGACAAUUUCAUGAUUUAAUGGAAUUAUUUAAAAUUGGUGGUAAUGCACCAGAUACAAAUUAUUUAUUUAUGGGUGAUUAUGUUGAUCGUGGAUAUUAUUCAGUUGAAACAGUCACAUUACUUGUUGCACUCAAAGUUCGAUAUAAAGAUCGAAUAACAAUUCUUCGUGGUAAUCAUGAAUCCCGACAAAUUACUCAAGUUUAUGGAUUUUAUGAUGAAUGUCUAAGAAAAUAUGGCAAUGCUAAUGUUUGGAAAUAUUUUACUGAUUUAUUUGAUUAUCUUCCAUUGACAGCAAUUGUUGAUAAUCAAAUUUUUUGUUUACAUGGUGGUCUUAGUCCAUCAAUUGAUACAUUAGAUCAUGUUCGAGCUUUAGAUCGAAUUCAAGAAGUACCACAUGAAGGACCUAUGUGUGAUUUACUUUGGUCGGAUCCUGAUGAUCGAGGUGGUUGGGGUAUUUCACCACGUGGUGCUGGUUAUACAUUUGGACAAGAUAUUUCCGAAACCUUCAACCAUACCAAUGGUUUACAAUUAGUUUCUCGAGCUCAUCAACUUGUUAUGGAAGGAUACAAUUGGUGUCAUGAUAAAAAUGUAGUAACAAUAUUUUCUGCACCUAAUUACUGUUAUCGUUGUGGAAAUCAAGCAGCAAUAAUGGAAUUAGACGAUUCAUUGAAGUAUUCAUUUCUUCAAUUCGAUCCAGCACCUAGACGAGGUGAACCACAUGUAACACGAAAAACGCCAGACUAUUUUCUUUAA